GCAGUGUAUCUUCCCGUUACUCAGUACCCAGUAACAGUAAGGAAAACAGAAGUGGAGCAUUCCAGAAUGAAUCCCAAACUCUGUGCAGAGCUAAAUGAUGGCCACCACAUUCCUGUUCUUGGUUUUGGAACCUAUGCCCCAGAAGAGGUUCCUAAGAGUAUGAUUACAGAGGCCACCAAGAUAGGUAUAGAUGCUGGAUUUCGCCAUAUCGAUGCAGCUUAUAUGUACCAAAAUGAGGAAGAAGUAGGGCUGGCCAUCCGUGACAAGAUUGCUGAUGGUACUGUGAAGAGAGAAGAUAUAUUCUACACUUCAAAGCUCUCCUCCACAUGCCAUAGGCCAGAACUGGUCCAGGUUUGUUUGGAAAAGUCACUGAAAAAGCUUCAGCUGGACUAUGUUGACCUCUAUCUUAUUCAUUUCCCAGUGCCAAUGAAGCCAGACAACAAUCUUAAUCCAACAGUUGAAAAUGGGAAAUUAUUAUUUGACACAGUGGAUCUCCGUGACACUUGGGAGGCCAUGGAGAAGUGUAAGGAUGCAGGGUUGGCCAAGUCCAUUGGGGUGUCCAACUUUAACCGCAGGCUGCUGGAGAUGAUCCUGAACAAGCCAGGGCUCAAGUACAAACCUGUGUGCAACCAGGUAGAAUGCCAUCCAUAUCUCAACCAGAGCAAGCUCUUGGACUACUGCAAGUCAAAAGACAUUGUUCUGGUUGCCUAUGGUGCUCUAGGAACCCAACGAUAUAAGAACUGGGUAGAUGAGAAUGCGCCAUAUCUUUUGGAAGAUCCAAUUCUUGGUGCUAUGGCUGAGAAGCACAAAAAAACUCCAGCCCUAAUUUCCCUCCGUUAUCUACUGCAGCGUGGGAUUGUGGUUCUUGCCAAGAGUUUCAAUGAGAAGCGGAUCAAAGAGAAUAUGAAGGUUUUUGAGUUCCAGUUGCCGGAAGAGGACAUGGCAGUUAUCGAUAGCAUGAACAAAAAUUACCGAUAUUCUACUGCUAAAUUUAUAUCUGCCCACCCUGAUUAUCCAUAUUCAGAUGAAUAUUAAUAUAUAAGCCUUUGUUGUGACAUCACCUUGAUGGUAGCAAUGUGGGAGGUGCCAUUGAUGCUGGCUGGACAUCACCUCUGGUCAAUGUUGUGUGUCAGCCUAUAAUCAACCAGAUCAAGAGAGAUGCGUACAGUGUUUUUGUGAUACUCUAAACGAUGAUAUUUGUCUCUAUGAGGUGCAAGUAAAGCACCACUAUUGUCUUUCAUUUGCGUAAUUUGACUCAUCUGAGCUCAAGGAAACUAUAAUUUGAAUGUUGACGGAGAAUGCUGUAGACAACCAGCUUUGAAGGAUUAGCAAUUGGGUGGAUGGAAUGAAGCUGAUGAGAACUGGACAACCCUAUCUGAGAUAUAUGGGUAAUUGAUGGGUUUAUCAUAUAGAUAAAGAAAACUUUCCUCCCAAGAGCCAGAGUUGAGGGCUAAACCUAAUGUCUUUCUUCAAAUAAAGGGUAUAGUACUGGCCCCACUGAGUACUGAUUGAGAGACUGAAAAUCAAAUUAACUGACAACUGAAAUACUUGUUCUGUGUUCAACCUUCUUAGUUUUAAAAAUAAACUUG